AUGGAGAGGAAGAGGAAGCUGCCUCCAAGAGCCGCCGCUCGUCAAGAGCAGGCGGCCAAGAGACGAAAUGUGACGCCUCGAGGGCGAUCCUCAACGCCUGCUGUGGUAGAACCGCCUCCCCGUGAACCAACACCAACUCCUCCGCCUCCUCCUCCGCCGCCGUUGCCAAAGUCAAUCGAAGCCGGACAACCUCUUCCUACCGUGGAAGAGCCUCAGGCCGCAGACUUGUCUGCCAAAGAGUACCAAUCCAUAACUGAAAGCGGCGUCAUGUCCGAAUCACUGUCGAGAUCCCGACACAAGUGGAUCAGUGAAGGACUUUUCGAAAAGUUUUGGACAAAGCCACAUAAGCGAAAGGGCGUGCUACAAGAGGAUCCAAAGAAUCCGCCAAAGGACAGCAUGAUGAAAGUCGGUCUAGUCACGAUUACUAUCGAACCACAUAUCGUAGAGGCAACUAUGUAUGCGGUUAAAACGUCGAAAUUGCUACCUCAUCAGCAACAAAGAUUCCAACCAUUGCCACCACCAGCAACGCAACCUCAAACAACCGCAGCCAGCCAGUCUUCCUCAGCAACAGCGGCACCAUCGUCGCAACAAAAACCAUCUCCACCACCAGCACAAUCGUCAGCGCAAGCUCAAGCUAAACCAUCACCACAAGCACAACCGCAGCCGCAGCCGCAACCUGUUCUUGCCCGACCUGUUCUUCAAUAUGGUCCACCCAAUGGGUCUAUGAGGCCACCGCCGCCCCCGAAUGCUACUGCGUCGGCUCCCACAACUAGUGCAACGUCCACAACUCCCACACCCCUUGCUCAGCCAACGACAAGUCCUAUAUCAGCAACACCCUCAGGGCCUCAGAAUGUUUCACACGAAGCACCAAAGGCGUCGUCGCCCGCUUCACCAGCAGUGGCAUCACCAACUACGGCGGCACAACCAGUUCAAACCGCUACGCCGACUGCGGCCAACCCAGCAGCAUCGCCUAGUCCCGGGCUUGCUAAUAUCGGAAAACCUUCACCAUCGCCUACUCCUCAACCAGGACAAUCGCAAGCACAGAUGCAGACCAAAGCAGUUCCCCAACCUUCCAAGCCUUCACCUACGCCAAAUACUGCUGUCCCUGUGGGUAAUACACCUCCCGCGCGAGCGUCUCCAGCGCAGACUCCUGUGCAACCUGCUGGGUCAUCUCAGCCCGCUCGACCGCCCUCCAAUCCUCCGCUCAGGCAGUCUGCGGGUCCUCCUCCUGCAGCGGCAUCCCCUGCUGCCUCUACUGUCCGACCAGCUGGUGCAGCCAAUCAGUCUCCUUCACCGGCGUUGAAUAAACCAGGUGCACCAGGAGCGGCACCGGCACCAGCCCCGGCCGCGAAACCUACGGCGAACGACCCUGUUAUCGCUCUGCUGGCUCAAAAGGCUUCUGCAGACCCUGAGCUCAGAGACCUGAUGAAGAGGGUUGCUGUUGGACAGGCUAAAGAUGGCGAAUUGGCUAAAUUCCAAAAGAUCAUUGACCAGCUAAACGCAGAGUACCGACAACGGGGCGGCCAGCAAGGUCCGUCUGCGGAUCGACUUCUCGUGGAUGGCCGAACCGUCAAGUAUUUCGCUGAUGAAGUACGUACCAUAUUGGAUAUCGUGCUAGCAUCAAACCCCAACCAGAAGUCGUCAGAGCUCCGACCACCUCCGCGUAGUGAUCCCUUGGUAGUUUUGCUCGUAAAGACGGCUCUCGAGGACCAGCGCACGAAGGAUAUGAUUCGCCGUAUUGCCGAAGGCAAACCUGGCUUCACCGACGCAACAGACCUGAAACAGAUUCUCGACCGAUUACACAGAGACGCCAAGAUUACGCCCAAAGCACCCGCGCCGGCACCAUCACCUCUGAAACAACCAGCAGCAAAUGGGCCGCCUGCCUCGCACACAAAGCCACAAGCACCACAGGGAAAUCAGCAACAGGGCAGCCAGCAGGCAAUACGAUCAAAAGCACCAACGCACUCAAAUCGGCCGGACAUCUCUGCCGUGGUUCUGGAUUUUGGAUCUGGAGAUAGGUAUCUGUUCCCCAGAUUCAGCAUUUUGGAGUUCCUACCCACACAAUCUGGGCAGCAGGUUGUUGCGUCUUUCUUGAUUGUUCGAAAGGGCAGUACAUCGGAAUAUGGGGGUGACCCAGCGCUUGACUAUUAUCAGCCAGUUACCAUUCGUUUGCAAACGACAACAGGACGGCAUUUAGAGAACCUCGCACGGGUCGUUGCGCCCCAGGACGAAGUGCGUCGGUACAUGGACGAUGUGAUGGAUAACAUGACACGAGCCGAGUACGUAUUGCUCGCGAUGCGGUUGCCGCGGGCAGAAUUCGACCCGGAAGAAGCCGUUCCUGCGGUGGAAGACUCAAAAGCGAGCAGUCCAACACCAAAGUCGGAGCCCGAAACGGACAAUGCAACACCAAAGCCAGGAGUGCUGUGGACGACUGGAUCUAACAAGACGAAGGUAGCGUCGUUGCCGGUGAAGCUUCAAGACCCUGAACAAGAGGCACAGUCCAAGUACGAGCGUCUCAUUCGGUCCGUGGCAGAGAAGGACGUAGAGAGUGUAUGA